UAUAUAGCGGUCGAUAUCAAAAGAAGAUUUCGCCUCUCGCCACGAAAACCGGUCACCGGUUAGUUCCCUACCCGCUUCCCGUUGCUAUCUCAGUCAUUGUCGUCUCUCGCCCACGGUAGACCAGGAUCUUUUGCGAGGAAGCUAACCGAGUAAGCCAAACAGCAGCCAUGCCUCAGAUACAGAAACCAGCACCUCCUUUCUCCAAUACCGCUGUUGUAAAAGGACAAUUCAAGGAUAUUAGCCUCUCUGACUACAAGGGCAAAUAUGUUGUGCUCUUCUUCUACCCAUUAGACUUCACUUUCGUAUGCCCGACCGAGAUUAUUGCUUUCUCCGACCGCGUGAAAGAAUUCAACGAUAUCAACUGUGAGGUGAUCGCCGCAUCCACCGAUUCUCACUUUAGCCAUCUCGCAUGGGUGAAUACGCCACGCAAACAAGGUGGUCUCGGCGAAAUGAACAUUCCUCUGUUGGCGGACAAGAGCAGCAAGAUCGCCCGCGAUUACGGCGUACUCGACGAGGAUACGGGAAUUCCAUUCCGUGGCCUUUUCAUCAUCGAUGAUAAGCAGAUUUUGCGUCAAAUCACUGUGAACGAUUUACCUGUCGGAAGAUCCGUGGACGAAACUCUACGCUUGGUUCAAGCGUUCCAAUACACUGACAAGUAUGGCGAAGUUUGCCCGGCCGGCUGGAAACCCGGCAAGAAGGCCAUGAAGCCUGACGUCGUUGGCUCAAAGGAAUACUUCAAGGAUCAAUAAAAUAUCAGCGGACAAUAAAAUAUCAUACAAUAUUUCUUCAUACAUCCUGUUAAAUAUACUUAUGUGUGUGCGUUUUAUACUCUUUCGCCGCGUAAUUUUGCAAUUUGAAGCGUCUACACUUCCGUUUUUACUUAGUAUAACUAGGUAUAUAUUGUCGAAAUAGCACACAUUGAAAUAUUCAUUUCUAGUUUAAUAAAUGGGUUUAUUUUCUA